AUGUACCAGUCAACGAGCUGUCGAAGGAUCUAGAGAAGGUAGCGGGGGUGAAGUUCCGAUGAUAAUGUUGCCAUUUACUAAAGACAGACGGCUUUCACAGGUUCAUAGUGUCUGUCCAAGUGUUGCAUCAUCAUUCCAAGAAGAUCGACAGCAACUUAAAGAUUUGUUUAUAGCCAGUAAAAACCCGGGAAGACAAAAGCUUGAAACGUUAAAAAUGUUAAUGCUGAUGAUGUUACCGAUAACUGGACUAAUCAUAAUGAGUAUCUUAGCCCUGGUUGCCGCCAUAGACGUAAAUAACACGGCAAGUAACGUUAACUCAAUGAUUGAGCUAAGCAACCAAAUGAGAGAGCUUGUGAAGAACUUACAAAUAGAGAGAGGAAAAACUGCGUUGUAUCUAAGUGAAACUUAUGAAGAUCUCAAACAAAAAACGUAUCUAAAUGUGCUCAAAGAGCGUCAAAACACUGACGUUGCAUUGGAUAAUGUAACGGGAUGGAAACACACAUAUCGUAUCAACAAUAAGGACUACACGAAAGAUAAAUUUAGAGACGAGAUACAAGACUAUCGAACCAAACUGUUGUUAAAUCCUAUCACAGUGGAGGAAAAUAUUCACUACUAUACGGCGAUUAUUCAAGACCUCAUCGGGGUAACGUCCAUCGAAACGGAACUACCAAAUUCAGAGACACUAUGGCGAUACGUAGUAGCUAGUGAAAUUAUCCUUCGCCUUUCCGAUGUCAUUGGGAUUGAGCGCGCCCUUGGUUCUACAUUCUUUGCGACUUGUGGCUUGAGCCCCUCGAAUUUCGUUUGGUUCACGUCUCUUGCUGGGAAAAAGGAGGCUCUUAUGGAGCUCGUUUACAAGAACUAUGAAAAGGGAAUGGAGAUUUUCAAUAGCACACUUGGUGAAAGUGGCCUAGUGAAUGACCUUGAUUCGGUUAGGAGAAAUAUUUUUAAUACAUCUUUUAAUCCGUGUGAUAAUUCGUCUCCUGACGAAUUGCACGCUGCGUCUUUUGUUUGGUUUUCCAACGUCACUACGUACAUUGGCAUUAUAAAUACCAUUAGUGGUCAGAUAUCGAGGGACAUUGUCGUAGAAUUAGAUUCAGUUAUUGUGAAUGCAUUUAAUGACGUUAUAGCAUACUCCUGCGUCAUGACAAUCAUGACGUUCGGAUGCCUUAUUUUAGGAGGUUUGUACUGUCGCAGUUUAUUUCUUAUAGAUGAAAAAAUUAGAAAAUUCGCCAUUAAGAUAGCAUCAAAAUCGGAGGAGCUUCGUGGCGAGAAAAAACGCGCUGACAAACUAUUGCACCAAAUGUUGCCGAAACAAAUUGCUGAACAGCUGAAAAUGAACGGUGAGGUACCACCAGAGUUCUAUGACGCGGCUACUAUAUUUUUCAGUGACAUUGUGGGCUUUACAAACAUGUCAUCGAUGAGUACCCCACUACAAGUCGUUAACUUUUUAAACAGCCUAUACAGCUUGUUUGAUGCAAGUAUUGACCGAUAUGAUGUUUAUAAAGUUGAAACCAUUGGGGAUUCCUACAUGGUCGUGAGUGGCCUACCUGAGAGGAAUGGAAAGGCGCAUGCGUCGGAAAUCUGUAACCUAGCGUUGGAGCUACGGACAUCGAUGUCGGCAUUCGUCGUACCUCACAUGCCCGAAAAGAGUGUACAUUUACGAAUUGGAAUCAACUCAGGACCUUGCGUAGCAGGUAUAGUGGGUACUAAGAUGCCUCGGUAUUGCUUGUUUGGUGAUACAGUCAACACAGCCUCCAGAAUGGAAUCUACGGGAAAAGCAAUGAAGAUACAACUGAGUGAAUUUACCCGGGAUCUUCUUGUUCAGAUAGGUGGUUACCACAUAGAACCACGAGACCAAGUAGAAAUAAAGGGUAAAGGUCGGAUGCAGACAUAUUGGCUAGAAGGACGCGAAGAUGUUGUGAAGAAUGAGAGAUUGCGGGCUUCGUUCACCCCAGACACUAACGGAGUUAUUCCACAAACUAUAUUCAGACAAAAUUCUGAUAACCAGCUCAUAAAGGUAGAAGAAUGAGGAGUGUGACUAUCCUGUAGAAUAUUCUUUUAGGUAUACAUCUGUUUCAAGAAAGUAGCUUCAAAUUAAGAAUAUAGAAGAAUAUUCUGAUCGUCUUUUGUAUCUUGUAAUUGUAUCCCAUUUUGUGAGAUGGAAAUUAAUAAACAUGUUUAUACGUGCUUUCAAACCUAAAAAUAAGGAAUAUAUUUGGAUUGCAUGUGGUUUGGCCAACAAAUCUAUGAGCCUAUUUUGAUGCUUCUCUUAUAUGUUAUUUUAAAAAGAUUAUCAUGGCGCAUUCAUCCUUGGCGUGAACCCUCUUUUCAAUUAUAUAAGUAUGAUAAAGAUGCCAAAGGCAAUUUUUGAAGAUAAUUGGUAUAUGUGCCGAUGAUACCUUUAUCACUCUCGAUGGAUCUGAAGCUUCCCUUAGAAAAUGCUUCGAUUCGUUUUCCCAGUUUUACCAAACUUCAAAAUUUUAAAUUAUACAAAACAAAAACUAUGUUUCAAGUGGCAAAAGCAAACCCUCUGUAUGUAAUAACCCCACUGUCCACUUUCUGGGGAAGUUUGUACAUUUUCUAAAUGUAUAGCAAUAAAA